GCUCUUAGUCUUCAGUCCACUUGCAUCUUUCGUCCAAGAUUCAUAUCCAGGAAUUCUACAGGGAUAAAAAAUAUUAAAGUGCUAUUUUAAUAAAAAUGGCAUUCGCUAACUCCAUAUCUAUUUCACUGUUGCUGAUCGUAGCGGUCAGCUGUCUGAUGACGAUUUCAGCCGAAGAAGAAGUGCCAUCAGUCGACCAGGCUCCAACUGGAAAUCGCCAAUCUAAGCAGAUUUACCUUGUGCCUCAGCUGUCAUCAGCAGCAGGUUAUCUCGGCGGCAGUCCGUACGAGCUCCCGUUGAUGAUGCCCCGUCAGUCACCUUUUAUCCAGCGGUACCCAGUUCGCAAGCAACAACAACUUGCAUCAUUGAACCGGCCAUACGAUUACCCGCUCUUGUCAUCACCAGAACUGAAGUACGAUCGCGAAGAAGAAGAAGAAGGGGAAACUCCUGCCGCUGGGAGAUAUCACGAAGGAGUUGACGACUUCGGCCCGUGGAAAUUGUGGAAAAAGAAUUUUAACAGAGAAGCUACAAUUACUGUCCAUCCAGUAGCAGCAGAAUGCCUUAUUGCUAAUAUUGCUACCGAAGGUCUCGGUCCCUGCAAACGAGCAUCGCAAGCCAAUUACGGUAGGAUCGAUAUUUUGAUGCCGGCUGCUGACCAAACAGCAGUUAUUGCCAUCACGGCUGGUUCGCCAGUAAAUACCAGAAUCAAGCUUAUUUGCACUGCAAUCACCGAUGCUUCAAUUUAUACGCAAACUGGCCCAAUUCUUUUAACUACGGAUACACCUAGAACUGAAAUCGGAUACUUGCAGCUCGUAGUCACUAGCACAGCGCCUGGCGCAGUGGUGAGAUGUUACUGGAACUCUUACCGCCAUUACACAGCUACCUACCCUUAAGAUUCUUGUUUGAUUUCUUCCGCUCAAUGCCAAGAAUCAUCACAAAUGUGACAGUGUCUCCCCUAAACUGUAACAUUUCUUGUUGUGGCGAUUUGUAGUAUUUAUUUCAUUCCCGCAAAUAAGGAUUGAUUUUAGUUAUUUUAUCAAAACAAGAAUUACCUGCAAACUCUUUUCGAAUGCUAUCAAGUAAACAAUGUACCAACCAACAUACUACGCAAAAACAUUCAAUACACUAGGGUCAUUCACAAAUUUAAA